AGCUCAACAACCUUCUCAGCCCCUCCUACAUGAGCGCAACAAUUCAUUCAACCUAGCCCACCACGUUCUGCCCCUCCAGUCACGCCGAAUUACCGUCCCGAAAGACAAUACAUACAUACAUCUAACCCUUCCGUCCCCUGUCUCGCUUCUACCGAUCUUCCUUCCUGGAAACUGUGCGAGUGUUGGUCCUCAGCCGGUUAGGACGUCGCAAUAGUCGAUCAGUAUAAUACCGAGCAGUUAAGGAUCGCUAGUAUUCGAUAUUUUGCACCGCUUUUUCGUGGGGUCUCGUACUGGUCGAUAAAGCAGGUUAUACUCUACAGGAGGAUACCUGGUUAUCCUCCGGUCUUCUCGAUUCGACCAUCGUCAAGGCCCAGAUCCGACCUGUGUUGUGGCCUUCUACGUGGCCUACAUAUUCAUCGCGUCUGUAUUAAGCGCGCCGCCCCAUCGCUUUGCAGCCUUAGACACGCGAUAGAAUAAAAGAGCCGCUAUCAAGCGCCCCCAAGGUUAUUUCCCAAAACACCGCCCGACCUACAUCGUGGCCGGUUCGUCUUAAUUCUCCUAAGCUAGUCAUGGCUCUCGAAGCUCCGUUGAGAUCGUCAACCGGGAGUAUAAUAUCUACUUUCUCGCCUCACAUGGAUGCAUCUAUGUCUUCGCCAGAGUCAUCCUCUGCUCCUUACUCACAGUUUCGCCCAAUUGCCAUAGAGUCCAAUUCCCUACGGCCAUCAUCGGUGGCCCCUCGGCCCGCUUCCGCCAAUAACUAUCUCAUGAGUCCGAGUGAUAUAGUCGGUCCUUCACCAGUCACAUCUGUCGGAACAGAAGUGACAGAGAUAGACGAUGAGAUGUCUGAUGAGGUUCGAUCCCAACCUACCGCAGCGAACCCUGAUCCGCAACCUCAGCUUUUGAUGCUUAGCACGAAUGUCUCCGAUCAAGUACGACAAACUGCAAAUGAAGAGGCAGUAUCAGUCAUCCACGCGCCGGAAAGCUUCCAGAGUUGGACUACCGCCGACAAUUCACCAAGGCACUCGGAGUCAACCCAGAGGACAUCGCCUUCUACUCCUCCCGCUAAGCCAGAGAAUAUACUUCUACCAUCUAGUGGCGACUCGAGCUCAAAGACCAAGACUCCUGCCCUACCAACACCGCCUCCCCUCACAACAGACAUCAAACCUAUUAGGUACAGUCUCGAAAAUGCAACGCCUAGGGCUCAAAAUCUACAGGAAGUAUUAAAGGACUCAUCAAGAAUACGGUCCAGUAGUGCUAGUAGCCUCGAAUUGAUACCUGAAAGCAAGGAACCAGAAACAGAUGCGGAACCCGACCUAGAAAGCUACGACGACGAGGAAUUUGUGACGCCCGUUCGAGAGCAGGACGUGGAUGAUGUGGAAAUCAGCUCUUUAAAGACUGCCUUACAGGAAUGCUGGACCUUGUGCAAUACGUUAGCCACUCUUAGUACGCACCACCGAGAAAGAGUGUUUAGUACGUCAGGAACUCCUGACGGCCAUGAAAGAGCCUGGAAGUGCUGUUGGAAGUUGUGCCAGCGAUUAUACGACAGCCGUGAUGAGCCUGAUGAGUCCUUCAACGUUCGUCAAAACCUAGAUCUUUGUCGGGAUUUCUGUCAAUCCCUCUUCGAUAUACGGCAACGCAAAGAUGAAGUUGCGGAUUCUGUUCUACGUGUGAGCUUCGAGCUCAACAACCAUCUCUACAGUGCCCAGGAUAACCGAAUCCUUCCAGAGGCAUUUCGAGAGCGAACCCUAGACUUCUACAUAACGCUGUGUCAUAGGCUUAUGAAGCAGCGUGGUGAACUGGGCGAAGAAACGGAUUCGCUGCUCUCUGCCUGUUGGUCUCUUGCAGAAAUGCUAUUCAGCCUGCGGCAGAGCAAAAGGGACGGAAAGGCUCCGGAUGAAGAACUACUCGGCUCGGCAGUCCAAGCAUGUUGGGAGCUCUGCGACAUAUUUAGGGAAGGAUGGACGCAGAUCCGGCCGGAUAGGGGGACGCCGCGUCCCAGCCAAACUAGCUUUUUCUCUUACAAUCGAGAAAGGGAGGCAGCCGAGUUAACAGACGGUAGAGAAAGUCGAGCUUCGCAACGCUCAAAAGCCGGUAGCUUAAAGAACCAUACCUCUCAAGGUGGAGGCAAAACGUCGCGAAAAAUCCCCCCGGUACCCGAAACGCCCGUGACUGAAUUCGAAGACACGCCCGUCUCUCCCGACGGCGAAUCUCCACAAGUACCCAACAUCCUGGUCCUUGGCACGGACAGCAAUAGAGGCGGUCGAUGGUCUAGCAGCGCCUCAAACUUAUCCAGCUACUCCCAAAGCAGCCAACGUACAUCCAGCACGGCUACUACAGCAACGACGAACGAGGACCCAAAUAUCACACGCAUCAAAAUCCUUAUUCUCAAGGCCGCGAUGAAUAUCGGCUUCUCGCGCGACGCUAGUGUAGACGGGCACCAUCACAACGGCGGCGCGGCCUCUCUACAGGCUUUCGUUAAGGCGCUGCCUACGGGCUCCUUCGGCUCAUUACCGGCGCAUGCAGCGCUCCUAAAGAAUUAUAAGAAUCUUGUGGUGGCCGAUUCGGCGUUUAGGCAGGCAUCAUCACUACCGUCACGCGGGAAGCGCGCAUUGGCAACCGACGUAGCGAACAGCGUGGGCUGGAUGGUACACCGUUCUGGCCAGUACGGGUUCCUCCGCGACCUCUUUAAGCUGGUGUUCGGCUUCCACGUUGAGGAGGCGGAGGGGCGGAAGAAUAUUAGUAUCGCGGUCUGAUCCUAACUAUUACGGUUCUCUAUUACCUCCAUUUGGCACGAUUGAUGAGGAUGAUUUGAUG